CGUUGUGCUUCCUUCCAUUGCUGCAAAUUUCAAAAUUUUCUUUCUUUUUAUUUUUUAUUUUUUAAUUUUCUUUUUCGCGCUGGCGUUGCUCAGUUUCGUUCAACUCAGUGAUCUUUUUAUGAUUUGAAGUUCGAAGCUUUCGAAUUUCGCUCAAAAAUUGGGGUUUCUGAUUAGAUGCAAGUUGUGUAGUAAUGCUCGCGCUUCGUGUUGUUACGAUGCAACAGGCAUGGUGGUUCGAGCCCCAAGUUUGGUGCUUAGGGUUUUGAUUUGCCACGCAAUUCGCUGAAUUCAGAGUUUAUGGUACUUUGAUUUAAGUUAAAUGAUAUGAGAGAGGAUAGAUUUCGGUUUCUUUGGAAACAGAAUUAACUGCAAUUCAGCUGAAAUCGACAUUUCGGGUUGGUUGGUUAUUUGCUGAUUUUUUGCAUGGUGUAUGAAUCUUUCUGUUCAGAGAUGCAACCACAGAAAAGCUCUAGACUCGAUUUGGCCGAAUUGAAAGCACAUAUUGUAAAGAAGGUUGGAGCUGAUAAGUCGAAGUGGUAUUUCUAUUACUUGAGCAGGUUUUUGAGUCAGAAGCUGGGGAAGAAUGAAUUUGACAAGUUGUGCUUUCGGGUACUUGGAAGGGAGAAUAUUCCAUUGCAUAAUCGUCUUAUAAGGUCGAUUUUGAGGAAUGCUUGCCAAGCAAAAUCUCCACCACCAGUACAUCCAUCCGGUACUCCGAAAUCGGUAGCACAUGCUACUAACAUAUCUCCUAGUAGACAAGAUGGACAUGAACUGAGUGUUACCAACAUCCAAAGUCAAAAUCAAAAUGCACCCAUUUGGUCAAAUGGGGUUCUGCCAGUUUCCCCGCGCAAAGUUCGGUCCGGAAUGCGUGAUAGGAAGCUUAAAGAUAGACCAAGCCCUCUUGGACCAAAUGGGAAAGUUGACUCUGUUGUUCAUCAACCCACAGCUACUGAAGACAGUGGUAGUAAGGUUGAAAUGGAGAAUGGAACACUUAGUCAAUGUGAUUAUCAAAGGCACAUACAGCAUCUUCAAGCAGUUGCUGAGCUACCUGAGACUGAAAUAGGGGACGCUAUUCAUAGACCUGCUGAAAAAUCAAGAAUAAAUGACAAGGGGCCAACCAAAAUAUCGAUUGUUGAAGAUGGGGAAGAGGUGGAGCAGUUAAACCACCUCAGUUUCUCUAGAGGUUCUCUGACAGCACCGCUUGGGAUUCCUUAUUGCUCUGCAAGCAUGGGUGGGUCCCACAAAGCAGUGCCUGUUAGUAGCAGUGGUGGUUUUGUUAGUUGUUGUGACAGUGGUAGCUUGCAUGAUACAGAUACCUUGAGACGGCGCAUGGAUGAGAUUGCCACGGUUCAAGGUCUUGGUGGUGUUUCUAUAGAAUGUGCGAACACGUUGAAUAACAUGGUAGAUGUGUACUUGAAACGGUUGAUCAGGUCUUGUGUCGAUUUAGCUGGAGCUCGUUCUACAAAUCAGUCAAGGAAGCCCUCUGUCCCAAAACAGAUUCAGGGGAAGGUCAUCAACGGCAUGUGGCCAAAUAAUCAUUCACAUUUGCAGAGCAUUGUUGGGCCGGUAGAACCUGAGCCCGAAAACAGACCACCUUGCUCUGUAUCUUUGCCUGAUUUUAACAUUGCCAUGCAGCUAAAUCCACGGCAACUUGGAGAAGAUUGGCCUCUGUUGCUAGAGAAAAUUUCUAUGCAGUCCUUUGAAAGAUAACUUGUAUUAAAGUUUUUCUUCUAAAGCAAAGGUAGGGUCUGUUCAUUAAGGUUCUGUGUGGCCCAGCCAAGUUUGGCGUUCAUUGGUGAACUUAGUUUUGCUCUCAUUGCGAGGAGGAGCCGAACCAGAUGAGACCCAUGAUACCAUGGGUGACUUCUAGCUCUUGCAGAAUCAAAUGCUGGUUCUGAGUUCUAUUUAAAGGGCUAAUAUGGAUCACAGUUCACAGAUUUAUUUAACUGCAACCAGGGGUGCUAUCAAAUCGAGCCCAUGAUUGGUUGCACUGUUGUAUGUUUAGCAUUGAUGUUGGCUGUAUUCGCCAUAUUUAAAGAUCAUAAGGUUUUUCUUUCUGCUUUGCAGCCAAUGAGAAAGAAAACUCAAGAAAGUUUUGCAGGUAUACUGUUGUUUUAGCUGGGAACAAGGGACUAUGACAUGUACAAUAGCUGAAGGUUUCUCUUUAUGUAUUCUUAGAAUAUGAAGAUUGAUUGAAAUUCAAUAUCAAUAACAACAUUAACAUCUA